AUGGGCCUCUUAGACCUGCCGACCGACAUGUGGUCCAAGGCAGCCCAUGCCGCCGGAGUCGCAUACCAGCCCGUACCCACAUCGCCCAUGUCCCAGUAUGCCUCGUCAGACGCGUCCAUCACCCCGUCCAACGAAUCAGACACAUUCUCCCUGGACGACCGCAACAGCGACCGCGACCGCGGGUCCAGCCCCGAGCGCAGCAGCCGCGAGCGAGACCGCCUGCGCGACAGCCUCGAAAUGGAAAUGAUGGACGCACCGCACCGACCCGGCGCCGUACGUGUGUUUGCCCGCCGGGACCCGUUGGCACUCACAAGCAUCGCCGUCGCACUGGCAACGUCAGCCGCCCUCCUCGUCGCCUUCACCUUCCCCACCACCAUCCACGUCUUUGUCGGACUCGCAGCAGGUAUCACAUGGUGGACCGUCUGCUCGUGGGCCCGCAUCAUCUUCUACCUCGUCGUCGCAACCCUCCGCGGCAGCCCGCGCGCACUCGCCCUGCCCCGGUGGUCGACAGGACAGUGCGCAGCACAGUUUGCCUGCACCGUGCUCGUGCUGUUCUGGCUGUCCAUCGGCCUGACACCGCCAGCAGAGGUCGUGCCCUCGCUCCUGCCGUCCGUCGAGCGCGCAGACACACCUUCCCCUACCCCACGAUACUUUUUCGCAGCAAACCUGUACAACAACGAGGACAUUCUCCCUCGCUGGUCUCGGGAACUGCUCCUCCUCAUCGACCACCUUGGUCCUGAGAACACGUUCGUUUCAAUCUACGAGUCCAACUCGGACGACUCGACGCCCGACCUGCUCGCCGAGUUUGCCGACGACCUGUCGCACCUCGGCGUCGCCCACCGUAUCCUCUCGGACGAGUCGGAGCGCUGGUGGCCAUACGGCACCGCGCCCGAGCGCAUCCAGUUCUUGGCCGCGGCCCGCAACAAGGCCCUGGAGCCCCUCCAGUCGCCCGACGACAGUGUGCGUCUCGCAGACUAUGACACGUUCACCAAAGUCGUCUUCCUCAACGACGUCGUGUUCACGUGGCAAGGCGUCGUGCGCCUGCUCGCCACGUCCUGGGACGGCGACGAGGGCGAGGACGGAUACGACUUGGCAUGCGCCAUGGACUAUUACCAGGCUGGCUUUUACGACACCUGGGUCGCCCGCGACGUCUGUGGCACGCCCAUGCGCAUUGCAUGGCCGUUUGUCAAGGACCCCGUCAGCAAAGAGCGCCUUCGCAACAAGCAGCCGUUCGAGGUGUCUGCAUGCUGGAACGGCAUUGUCGCGUUCCCCACAGGUCCGUACCUCUACCGCCCAGAAACGUCGGACGUGUCCGACGCACCGGACGAGGGCACCCGGCUGGCCAAGCGAGGGUGGAAAAUGGUGGAUAACUCAACCUACCCCAACUCGCGCAUGUCCCCCGCCGUCUCUUUACCCCUCAAGUUCCGCUCGUCGGGCAUCGAGGCGUGCGACCACUCCGAGUGCUUUCUCUUCGGCUACGACCUGCAUCGGCUGUACAACACGCCCGAGCGCCCGCCCCGAAUCCUCAUGAACCCCACCGUCGAAGUGGCGUACCGGCACAACUGGUUUGUGUGGCAAAACGUCGUGCUGCGGAUCCCCAGCAUCAAGAUCUGGGUCGACCACUGGAGCCAUGGCGUGCCCCUGGAAAUGAUCGACUGGUUCUGGGAGUGGGUCGCGCGCAGGCGCGACUAUUGUACGUGGGCGGCACUGAGUUCGCACGCUCCCGAACGAUGUCCCGCGCUCCCCGGGUCCGUCAAGCGUCCAUGGAACGCGUAG